UACAGAUUAUAUUGUAAAGCUCUCUCAGUUUUCUUUGUUGCCUAAACUCCCUCCAAUAUCCAUUUAGGUAUCCUCACACGUGCCAUGUUCCCUCGCAUUGAAUAUUGACAGCGAGUCCCAUGAGAAAAGUAGGUAUGUAAUAGUGUCUCUCAUUUAUGAUCACCUCCCUCCAUAAGUUGAUCCAAAACAGCCAAAAAAAAAAAAGAAGUGAAAAUUACGUCAUACAAAUUCAUGAUAUAUAUAUAUAUAUAUAUGCUGACCCAGCAACCGAAUUAAAUCAAAGCUCUUCAACUGCUUACCCAAACAAAUACCAAAAAGUUUCUUUCCCUUUAGCACAGAGAGAAGAAAGCAAAAACACAAACACACCAAUGGAAGGUGUCUCUGCAAGUGUGUACAAGGGGUUGAGAGGGUAUUGGACGAGGAGAGGGUACGAAAAGUUAAAUGGGCUGGACCGGAGGAGAAAGAGCCGGGUGGAGCUGGGUUCGACCCAGAGGAGGAAAAGGGUAUGGCGAAUCAAGGUGGCUCCGAAGCUGGGAUUCAUAAGGAGAAUGCCAUCGCCGAAGAAGUUAUUGGUUUGGCUACGAGACGCGUACGUGAAGCUGAUGCUGGGAUUUGCAAACUCGAGGGUGUUCAGCUCAGCGUACGGUGGGGUUAUAUGUAAUGACGGGACUGGUGCGUUUGGGAAAGGUCCACUUAAAGAGUAUGAUGAGAAGAUGAUCGUCGAGAUCUAUAAGUCUCUGGCGCUGGCACAGGGUCAGUUGGUGCCCCGCGAUGCUGCUAAACUUGGCUCCGAAAUCGUUCACCGACGGUAAUACUUUUAGUUAUAUUAAGAAUUAAAAUUUUACAAGCCACGGUAAUAAUUCUAUCCCAAAAAAAAAAAAAAAAAAUUUCAACUUUUUUCUUUUUUCAAUUUUUUUUUUUCUCUCAAGUUUUCUUUUUUUUGCAAUUGUAAGAUGUAGAUUCAUAAGCUGGCAAUAAGAAGUUGAAGAUGUGAUCCAGAGUAUUUUGCUCAUCUA